GAAGAAGGGGAACUUGAAACGGCUUCAGAAGCCAAGAGAGAGAAGACGGUCACCUAUCAGCCCAAUUUCUUAUCACUCUCUUUGAAGCUCAACAGACCGCAGUACAGAAGCUCCAACAAUGACGGGCGCUCACUCUUUGGCUGGACUCCUGCUCCUCAUCAUCGUCCAAAGCAGCUGGCAGGCGCCUGAUCAGGUCACAGAUCGAAACUCUAUGCUCAUGUCUGACAGCUCUGUGCUGAAUGAACCCAUCGAGCUCCGAAACAUGAAGAGACAUUCAGAGGGAACUUUUUCCAACGAUUACAGCAAAUACCUGGAAACAAGGAGAGCACAAGACUUUGUCCAGUGGCUAAAGAACUCAAAAAGGAACGGGAGUCUAUUCAGACGCCAUGCAGACGGCACCUACACCAGUGACGUGAGCUCCUACCUGCAGGACAAGGCAGCCAAAGAGUUUGUGACCUGGCUGAAGACUGGCAGAGGCAGAAGAGACUAAACUCAACCAGAGCUCUCCCUCAAGAAAACUCAACAAUUCACACCAACUCUGUGCUGUUCUGUUUCACAAUCUGUACUAGCCCUUUUCUUGCUCAUGCUAUUAAACACCCCUCAUAAGAA